AUGGGGAACAUUGCAGUGGUUAUUUUGCUUUUAAGUUUUCUAGCUAUUGUGCAGCCUCUAAUAAAACGUCCAGGAGUAAACUACUGUACUCUGGGUGUGGUGGUUAUAAGAAGACGAGUAAUGUGCGAGCCAUUGCGUUCACUCUGGGUCCUAAGAGACGGUAAAUGCAAGGAGGCACUGCACUGCAUGGACGGUUACUCAAGAAAGGAAUGCCAGGAAAAUUGCCUCAAACAGUUCACUACAAAAGCCAAGCCCAAACCUAUGCCACAACCGAAACCAAAACCCCUAACAACUUGCGGGACAACAGAGGCUGAAAUCAAAACGACAACCGUGCAGUAUGAGACAACAGCAAGAGGAGAUUUACCUUCGACCAGAGAAACCAGAAGACCCAAAAGAACACGAAGAACAAGGCGGUUUACCGUCAAAGAGCUAUGCUAAUUAGGGGUGUUGAGAGUCUACAUAACUGCUGAAACUAGAAAUAAGAGAUGUCUAAAAUAUAUUUUAAUCUGACUGUGACCAUCA